AAAAAAAGUAAUAUAAAAGAGCUAAUGAGAUUGAGAAAAUGAGUGUCACAAUUCACAAAUCUCAAAAUGGCCAAACCCCAUUUGUUCUUCAUUCUCUUCACAUCUCUACUACUCAUCAUCAUCACCAACAACAGCAUAGCCCAACAAACUCAAAUAACCAACAAAAAACAACAAUACCCAACAAAAGCACCAGUAAUGCCUAACAACGAGACGAUAUACAGAGUUUCGAAGCAGUUAUGUUGGGGCUGCGUAAGGGAGUCACUAGAGUUUUUAUUCGAGCACAACUUGGCACGUGCCAAGAAAUGGGAGCUGCCCUUAGCGUGGGACGGGCAGCUCCAAAAGUACGCUCAGUGGUGGGCCUCACAAAGAAGAUCUGAUUGUAAAUUACAACACUCGUUUCCCGAGGGGGAUUUUAAGUUAGGUGAGAAUAUAUUUUGGGGAAGCGGGUCGGAUUGGACGCCGAGCAACGCAGUGGAUGCGUGGACCGAUGAGGAGAAGUAUUACAAUUACGAGGCGAAUAGUUGCGCCGAGGGGCAGAUGUGUGGGCAUUACACGCAGGUUGUGUGGCGGAGCACUAGGAGGAUUGGGUGUGCUAGAGUUGUUUGUGACGAUGGUGAUGUUUUCAUUACUUGUAAUUAUGAUCCUGUGGGGAAUUAUGUUGGUGAAAGACCUUAUUAAAUUAAUUAGGUAGAUUAUUAAUUAUAAUUAAUAAGGUAUAUAUAUAUACUAUAAGUACUAUUAUAUAUUGGAUUAUAUAUUCUCUCUAUAUAUAUAUUUGUAUGUACUCGUAUAAAAGAUUGAUGAAACAAUAUACAUUUGUGUUUGAUUGUGAUUAUAAUAAAAUAAAAUAGAAAUUAAUGGUUAUUUGAUUAAA